GUGCCACCUGAUAUGUCCUUGGUAAAGCUUUUCUGGCUGUAACACUUGGAACAAUAUUUCACAAGAAUCAGCUGUGACUCAGACUCAAACCCCACUCAAGCUAGAUCCUUUAGCACUGGCCAGUGGACUACUGAAGUGUAGUACAGUUCUUCUCUUUAGCAGGUUUUGGAUCCACCUGAUGAGAAUUUAAUGACAGCUUUAAAUUCUUGCAGAGAGAGCUUGACAAAUUAGAAGGUUGGGCAAUUAGCAACUGCAUGAAAUUUUACAAGAGCAAGUGCCAAAGGCUUACAAUACUUAUGGUGCUUCUUCUGUCAUGGCAGCUUCUGGGUCUCUGAAACUACAGAGAGGGCACAGUCUUCAAGCUGGUCCUAAAGGUGGUUAUGAGGUGCUGACACUACCUGCAGAACCUGGAACUCCUACUAGCUCUGAGGAACCUGAAGGGGCUGUAGGUUAUUCAGCCGAUGUCCCUACAUCAGAUCGACCCCACAGUGAGACAGCCACCUAUGUUAAUAUUCCUGUCAGUCCUACUUCCAAAAAACAACUUCAUUACAUGGAACUGGAACUUCAAGAAGCCAGCACAAGCAUAAGAGGGAGUGGAUCAUCCAGAUAUGCACAGAUUGACAUUACAGCCACUGAGACAGCCCACAAAGUGGGAACACAGCAUGCGCAGUGCAGGGAGGAACGCUUGCAGGAGCUGGAGCAGAAGAAGAAAGGAGCUCAGCAGUGACUUGUCUAUGAAAGAACUUUUGCUCGCCAUAAAUUGGUACUAAUUUAAAUUCCAAAAGAUUGAAAUUUAUUUGAAAAAAAUACAAAGCUGCCAUUGCAUAUUGUAUUUAUACCAGAUUCAUUCCAAUAUUUUGAUUCCUAAUUGGAAAGCUGGUAACGUGAGGGAGUGUGUGUGCAUUCUUUCUUUUUAAAAAAAUUUUUUUGGUUGUAAAUUCCUUUUCUUUUUCACAUGCAAUAGAUGUAAACUACCUUUUUCUAUAAGUCUAAAGUCAUGUAACAACCUGGAACCAAUUCCAGUGCUUUUUAAAUGGUGGCAUUUUCUUUAAAGAAUUUGAAUGUGUGCAGAUAAGGGGAUGUGAGUGUGUGUUGUAUGUGUACACAUGUUUGCACGCGUGCAUAUGUAUGUUUGUAUGUAAGCACACAUUACAGAUAAAAUAUAUGUAUAUGUCUGAGUGUAUAAAUUAUGUAAAACCUUUAUUAAUGUAUUAAUGAAAUCUUAUGAAAGCUAGAAAACUCAGUGCCUGAUUAUUUGCAGACAUGGUUUUGUUCAAUUUAUAUGCUCAUUUAAGGAUGUAGUUAACUGUAUCUAGGAGUAAUUAAGUUUUAUACCUCACCAAUCUUUGGCUAAAAUUGCUCUGCUUUAAAUGUUGCAGUCUUAGGGGUGCAUACAGACAAGAGCACACACACAUACAUACAAAUGGUUUAAUUUAAUUGUGCCUGAAAAGCUAAGUAAUUUGUAGUGAUGUUUUGGGUGCUUCUGUUCUUAAAAGCCCUGUGUUAGACACAAUGGGCUUUGAUUUCAUAGUUGCUGUGUACCUGUAAUUCUUAUAAAUUCUUAUCACCUGGAAUUUUACAUUACAUACUGACAAAAUCAGAUCUCAGGUUUCUCACACAGAAUAGAUUAAAUCAAGUUAUUCAAAAGAAAUAGAAGUAAACAAACAUUUGAAAUUUGAGUUCUUUAUUUAUCUCUCCAAAGCUAUGCCUGAUGUACCAGCAAUAAAAAUUGGAUCAUCCACAUUGACAUGAACACUUUUUUUUUUUUAUAAUUCUUUGCUAUACAUAAGUAGCAUUAAGCCAGUCCUGGGUCAGAGCAAAAUGUCAUCCAAGAUGUUUUGUGAGGCAGAAUUUGACCUAUAAAUUUAUUCAAUUGUAGCCUCAAUCGUAAUGGAAAAUAUUGGAAAUCUCUCAAAUGGAAGAAAAAAAAAAAAAAAAAAA